GUGCAACUUUCUACGGGUGUUAAUUUAAAUAAAUAAUUACAGUUAUCAAAAGUAGAGUCGAACAAUGGCGCACAGAACACACCAUACGCCAGACGAGCAUGAGCUCGAGACGCUGGCGGAAGCUGAGCUUGCAAGGUUGAAGAGGCAGUACAGGAUAAUGGAAAAUGACCGGGUAGCUUGCGCGGAGGACGCGAGAUUGCAGCUUCAAAAUCAGAUGAACAUCCUGAACCAUUUGGAGUACGAAAAGGCGGAGCUUGUGCUUCGUAUUAAAAGCUCAAACUCGAAAACGUUUGCGCGCCAAGAUCAGGAGAUGGAGGAGAAGUUGAAAUGCCUAUUGAAGGUGUAUUCCAGUUACGACGAUAUGGUAAAAUCAGAGAGAGAAGAGAUAACGGAGCUCGAUAAACAUAUUCUCAAGCUGACGAACGAAGUUACCAGCUUGAAGAUGAAAGUCCGAACGGACGCGCAGCUGAGAGAUAUAGCUGAGAAGCAGCAGAAGACCGUUAGGAUGCUGGAGAAUCGACUGGACGUAGCAGUGAAGAGGUUCAACAUCAUAAUCGCGAAAAACGCGGCAGUACGGAACGAGAUCGAGGCGUUGCUCAAGGAAAGGGCACAAUUUACAACGCUUUGGAAGAAGUUGAUCGGCCAAUUGAAUACCGGGAAGCAAAUUAUCAAUGACCUAAUAGAGCAAUCCACUAUCGCGUUUAAUCAGAGGGACGAUGUGUUGAACACGAUUCAAGCUCUUCGCGAAAGGGGAAUGAGGGACCUGAAGACUCACGUGUCGGAGAUGUGCGAACUUCAGCGAACGUUGGAUAACGAAAUGAAGCUUCAAGAUUUUCUCGGUGUAAAAGGACAGCAUCGCGAAAUGGUCGAUUUAAAUGAAAAACGUGCGGCUGAACAGAAGACGAGGAUGGAAGAGAAACAAAACAUGAUUGCGAGUUACAAACAAGUUUUACAUAUGAUCAAAGAAUUUACCGGGGAGCAGGAAAUUGACAAGCUCACGGCGCACUUCAUUAAGCAAGAGGAGGAAAACUUCGCUCUGUUCAGUUACGUGAACGAACUGAACGACGAGCUAGAGAGUCUACAGACGAGGAUGAUACAGCUAACAGCGGCAAUACAAGAGGCGAAUCAUCAGAAGGAACACCAAAGCAAAGAGCAGGCCGAGACAUUGGAGAAGCUUAAGAGAGAGCUUGAAGAACAGACGGCGCUCGCCGACGCGGCUGAGGAAAGGGUGACGCAGUGUGACGAUAUACUGGAGAAACUAUUGAAAGGAAUAGAUUCCCUGUUCAAAGCAAUACGUUGCGACAAUUCGCCGAUUUUAGAAUUGCUGGGCGACAAUGAGCAGAUAACAAGGAGUAAUGUGAUGCUGUAUCUGGGAAUCGUUGAGAAACGUAUCACUCAGAUGUUCCACAAAGUGUACUGGGUGGACAGAGCCACCAAAUCGCAACAAUUACGUCUCGAUGAAGACAAACGACCUAGACUGAAAAUUCCUCCUAUAAAAUACAUUGCUCCCACCCAACCUUGUGCCCUGUGCGUCGAAAAGGAAGAAUUACAAAUUGUGUCCGAAGGCUUAGAGCAGCCAUUAACACGCAACGAAGCCACUACAAAGUUGAAGCAAAGACUCGAAGAAGAUUACUCCGACCUCCUGCAUAACAUAUCUGGUUGUCACUUACCGGCAGCCAGAAAAAUUAUACAAAGAAGAUAUCAAUGA